UCCGGAGCGAGGCUGGGACGUCUAGCAGAAGCGAGAUGCCGAGCGGGAAGGGGAAACCUGCAGCGGCUCUGGCCGCAAAACCCGGCGGUGGCAGCAGUCGCCAAUGGGUGGUUGUUCUCCCAGAAACGGCAACAGAUCUCCCAAAGAAGCCGGGUGCUGGACCUUUAUUUACAAGGCUGCCACAUCCAAGUACAGGACAAGCUGCCCUUUAUUUAUUUGGUAGUGAUGCAUGCGAGAUAUUUGAAAUAAGAGCUUUUCAUGAAGAAUACCGGUCAUGGUUUAUUAGUCAAGAAGUUCAAUAUGAUGGACGUCUGUUUUUUGCUACACCAAUGGACCCUUUGUUUCUUGUGCUUUUUUACCUCAUGAAAGCAGAGAAAGAGCAGGGAAAGUUUCAGCCACUGGAUCAGGUUUUGGUGGAUGAAGAGUUUUCUUCCAGCAUACAAUUGCUACAGUGCACAAAUAUUUCACAAUCAAUUGACCACAUAGCUGAGCAAAAAGAAAUAGAUAGUAAGAAGUUUUUUAGAUACAGUGAGAAGAAAACACUGACAUGGCUAAAUAAAAAGGUUAAUCAACUGGUGAAAGUAUUAAAAGAAAAUAACAUACCUGUUGGUGGAAAAGUACAGGCUGCUACAUUUAUCAGCAACAAUCAGGCUAACAGUUGCACAGAAGAAGAUUAUAUUUGUUAUGCUCAUGGCUUAAUAUCAGAGUAUAUUUCUGAAGAGCUAAGUGCAACAUUAGCUAAUUAUUUAAGACUCCCACAAGGUACAGAACUUCCCACAGAGCCAGCAUCAAAGAAAAGGAAACUAUCAGAUGGUCCUGUGGAAGCUGAGGAGGAUUAUACUAAAUUCAAUACUGGUGAUCUGAAAAACAAAAAGGUUCUUAGAGAGAAUCCUGAGCUCUUCCUUUUUUCUCUCUAGUUGGUUGGAUAGCUCUAUCUCUGCCAGCCGCUGCUGGUUGAAGAGGAUGAGGUCUCUCGUUGGGUCAUGUUGUGCGAUGUCAGAAAGGUGCAUCUCUUGUUCUUCUAACUCAUCUAAACUGCGGAGCUUUGGUGAGCACAAGUAGAUCAUGCUGCGGUUGCAAUCCAUCCAGAUCAUUUGUCCUUUUCCCAAUAAACACAUUAUACAAUGCUUUCCAUUAGGUUUAAUCUAUGAAUUAUCGGAAUCUUAUCCAGAUAACUGUCAGUAAACUGAAUGUGAAGUUAUAAAUUCUGUGAGCCUAAUGUCUAGAUUUCACAGGUUUUGCAAAUGCUUCAAUACCCUCUUUUAUUUUGGGUUUAGAAUUUAGGAUCUAGAAUCUUUCAAUCCUGUGUAAGGUCUUGAAAGAGUUAAAGGCAAUUGACUGAUCAAGAUCACACAGUACAAUAACAUAAAGAUGGGCAAUUGCUUGCAAGUUAUUGUAAUCUUUAAAUUUUUCCAUGUUUGGUAUCUCCAAAAUUCCCUUAAAAUUGUGCUAUCAGAACUUGGUGGUAAACAUCUGAAUUAGGACAGCAUUAUUCCUUCCCAAUUUAGGUAGAAAAUGAAAGAGAAAUUCAGCUGACUUUUUUUGCAAGUUCUGUUACAGGGAUUGUUAAGAAUUUUAUAUGUAUAGGAAAAAGUAGAGAUAAGAUCAAGAAUAAGAAGAUGCUAAAUGAAUGUGGAUUGGAUUCAGAAGUGAACGAUCAGCAUGAAGGAAUUAGUUUAGUUUAAUGAAAAGAAGGACUGGAAUGACAUGAUAGCAGUAUUCCAAUAUCUCAGGGGUUGCCACAAAGAAAAGGGAGUCAAGCUAUUCUCUAAAGCACCUGAAGGCAGGACAAGAAGCAAUGGAUAAAAACUAAUCAAGGAGAGAAGCAAACUAGAACUAAGGAGAAAUUUCUGCCGAAGAGGU